CUCCAUCUCCCGGCUCCGAUCAUCACACGAACUAUGUCCCAGGGCUGGCAGCGCUGGAGUUAGAUGGACGCGUAAUCAUCCCCCAGCCUGGAGCCGGGACUCGGGCCGUCAUGUCGGGCAUGCAGGAUGAAAGCUCGGUGCGGGUGGCUCUCCGAAUUCGACCGCAACUUGCCAAAGAGAAAAUUGAAGGUUGUCAUAUAUGUACAUCAGUAAUACCUGGCGAACCCCAAGUUUUCCUAGGAAAGGAUAAGGCAUUCACCUUUGACUAUGUCUUCGAUAUUGAUUCCAGACAGGAUGACAUUUAUUUUCAGUGUACAGAGAAACUUAUUGAAGGAUGUUUUGAGGGCUACAAUGCAACCGUGUUUGCCUAUGGCCAGACAGGAUCUGGAAAAACCUAUACAAUGGGCACAGGGUUUGACGUGAACAUAACGGAGGAAGAACAAGGAAUUAUUUCUCGGGCUGUCAAACAUCUCUUUAGGAGAAUCGAAGAUAAACAACAAGCUGCACUGGAGCAAGGUCUCCCUCCUCCUGAUUUUAAAGUUAAUGCUCAGUUCUUGGAGCUUUACAAUGAAGAAGUACUUGAUUUGUUUGAUACAACGCGGGACAUUGAGUCCAGGCAUAAAAAAUCAAAUAUCAAAAUCCAUGAAGAUUCAACUGGUGGAAUUUACACAGUUGGAGUCACAACACGUAAUGUGACAUCAGAGGCAGAGAUGUUGCAGUGCUUAAAAUUGGGUGCCUUAUCUAGAACUACUGCCAGCACACAAAUGAAUGUGCAAAGUUCACGCUCUCAUGCCAUAUUCACCAUCCACCUUUGUCAAAGCCGUGUGUGUCCCAAAUUUGACACAGAGAAUGACUUGGAUAAUAGGAUAACAUCUGAAUCUACACAAGUGAAUGAGUUUGAAACCCUUACUGCCAAGUUCCAUUUUGUCGACUUGGCCGGAUCAGAGCGACUUAAACGCACAGGAGCUACAGGUGACAGAGCUAAAGAAGGAAUUUCCAUCAACUGUGGGCUGUUGGCUCUUGGGAAUGUGAUAAGUGCGCUAGGAGAUAAAAGUAAAAAGGUCACUCAUGUACCUUACAGGGAUUCCAAGUUAACACGGCUUCUUCAGGACUCACUAGGGGGUAAUAGUCAAACGAUCAUGAUUGCAUGCAUCAGCCCCUCAGACAGAGAUUUCAUGGAAACUCUAAAUACUCUUAAGUAUGCCAAUCGGGCACGUAAUAUCAAGAACAAGGUCAUGGUUAACCAGGACCGAACCAGUCAGCAAAUCAAUUCCCUGAGGAAUGAAAUAACGCGACUCCAGAUGGAAUUGAUGGAAUAUAAAACGGGUAAAAGAAAUAUCGAUGAAAAUGGCGUUGAGAGUAUUAAUGACAUGUUCCACGAGAACGCAAUGUUGCAAACAGAAAACAACAAUCUGCGCAUUAGAAUUAAAGCCAUGCAAGAAACGAUUGAUGCUCUGAGAACAAGGAUCACCCAACAUAUGAGUGACCAGGCCGACCAAGUGAUUGCAAGAGCAGGUGAUGGAAAUGAAGAAAUAAGCAAUAUGAUUCACAAUUAUAUUAAAGAAAUCGAAGACCUCCGUGCAAAAUUGUUAGAAAGUGAAGCUGUGAAUGAAAAUCUUCGAAAGAGCCUUGCAAGAGCUUCAUCAAGGACAUCCUAUUUUUCUGGCCACACGUCAUUUUCAUCACCUUCAAUUCCAGCUGAGAAAGAAACCAAUGAAAUUAUAGAUCUUGCCAAAAAAGACUUGGAGAAGUUAAGAAAGAAGGAAAAAAAGAAGAAGAAGAGGCUACAGCAGCUUCAGGGAAACAACCAAGAAGAAAGAAGUGUGACUGGUUAUACAGAAAAUGAAAAUGGGGAUGGCGACAAGUCUGAAGAGAGAGGCUUUACAGAAAAAGAAUCGACUGAAAUAGAUAUUGAAGAAGGAAGUGAUCAUGAAGAAGACGAUGAGGAAGAGGAUGAAGAUGAGGAAGAUGCUGAUGCUGCAGAGAGUUCAGAUGAAUCUGAUUCAGAACUAGAAGAAAAAGAAAACUACCAAGCAGAUCUGGCCAACAUUACCUGUGAGAUUGCAAUCAAGCAGAAGCUCAUCGAUGAGCUAGAGAACAGUCAGAGAAGACUGCACACCCUGAAGCAGCAGUACGAGGAGAAGCUGAUGACACUGCAGCAUAAAAUCCGAGACACACAGCUUGAAAGGGAUCGUGUACUUCAAAACAUGGGCUCCAUGGAAUCAUGCACUGAAGAAAAGACCAAGAAAAUCAAGACUGAGUAUGAGAAAAAGCUACAGACAAUGAAUAAGGAACUCCAGAAACUGCAAGCUGCCCAGAAAGAGCAUGCGCGAUUGCUGAAAAACCAGUCACAAUAUGAAAAGCAGAUGAAGAAAUUGCAGCAGGAGGUUUUCGAAAUGAAGAAAAUAAAGGUUCGUCUCAUGAAACAAAUGAAGGAUGAGCAAGAAAAGGCUAGAAUGGUUGAUUCUCGUAGAACCCGUGAAAUUGCACAGCUUAAAAAAGACCAACGCAAACGAGAUGGUCAGGUACGACUUUUAGAAGCACAGAAAAGACAGCAAGAAAUUGUCUUGCGACGAAAAACUGAGGAGGUUUCUGCGCUUCGGAGACAAGUAAAACCAAUGUCUGAUAAAGUAGCUGGAAGGGCAAGCCGUAAAAUCAGCUUACCAGAACCAGUUUCUGAUCAUGUUGUAGACGAGCACGACAGAACUGGAGGACAGCAGAGACCUCGAAUUCCCAUAGCUAGAGUGCAGCCUGCAACUUCUAAUGCUUUAAAUGGAUCAAGAAGGAAACAUCAAAGGAAGGGAUCAAGCAUUUACACUUCAAAGGCAGCCAAACAGAAGUGGCAGUCACUGGAGCGAAGGAUCACAGACAUAGUGAUGCAGCGGAUGACCAUCUCAAAUAUGGAAACUGACAUGAACCGACUACUAAAGCAACGUGAAGAUCUUACAAAAAGAAAAGAAAAGGUUACAAGGAAAAGGGACCGAAUUAUGAAGGACAAUGGAGAUCCUGACAAAAACAUUAACCACCUAAAUGAAGAAAUCGAAUCUCUUAGUGCAAAUAUUGACUACAUUAACGAUAGUAUAUCUGAAUGUCAGGCCAGUAUUAUGCAGAUGGAAGAGGCCAAGGAAGAAGGAGAAACACUUGAUGUCACUGCCAUCAUUAGUUCUUGCACUUUAACUGAGGCACGAUAUUUGCUUGAUCACUUUCUUUCUAUGGCUGUUAGUAAGGGUCUCCAAGCAGCCCAGAAAGAAGCACAAGUUAAAGUUCUUGAAGGGCGUUUGAAACAAACUGAAAUCACCAGUUCUACUCAAAACCAGCUUCUGUUCCACAUGUUAAAGGAAAAAGCAGAACUGAACCCAGAACUUGAUGCUCUUUUGGGCCAUGCACUACAAGACCUAGAUAGCAUUCAGAUGGAAAAUCAGGAAUAUAGCAGUGAUGAGGAAGGAUCAUUACAAAGUCCUGGAACAGAAGGCAGCUCAUUGUCUUCAGACUUAAUGAAGCUGUGCGGUGAAGGGAAAACUAAGAGCAAGGCACGAAGGAGGACCACUACUCAGCUGGAGUUACUUUAUGCAGAUAGCAGUGAGACGGCUGCAGAUCCUGUAGCAGGGGACAAUGGUUUCCACAUCUCUCUUCCUCCUGUUCCUGAAGUAGAAGCAGUUCCAGCAAUCACUGAAACAAGUAGCAUUUCUGUUAGGGACAAAGAUCCCCAACCCCCACCUUCUGGCUUACCUUCUAAAACAGGCAGCAUGACAAAACAAAACUCCCGUGUACCAGAACCAUCACCAUCGUUCCGAAGAAAAACCUAUGACAGGGCUGGGGAGAAGACCGGUAAAACCAAAGAACAAAAAUUCUCAGAUUCUGGAACAUCAGAGGCUAGUCUGUCACCUCCUUCUUCCCCUACAAGCCGAUCCCGUAAUGAAAUGAAUGUUUUUAGUCGCCUCACAGUCUCUCAGGGAAACUCAACAUGUCAGCAGGAUAAGUCUGAUGAAAGUGAUUCCUCUCUGUCCGAGGUACACAGGUCCAUCUCUAGGGGCAUAAUUAACCCAUUUCCUACUAGCAAAAGCAGCAAGACAUCCCUUGUACAGUGUAUGCAUAUAGCUGAAGGGCACAACAAGGCUGUGCUUUGUGUAGAUGCUACUGAUGAUCUUCUUUUCACUGGAUCUAAAGACCGUACUUGUAAAGUGUGGAAUCUUGUCACCGGACAGGAAAUUAUGUCACUUGGAGGUCAUCCGAAUAAUGUGGUUUCAGUAAAGUAUUGUAACUACACAAGUCUAGUGUUCACAGUUUCAACAUCUUACAUUAAGGUGUGGGACAUCCGAGAUUCUGCAAAAUGCAUAAAGACGCUUACGUCUUCCGGUCAAGUCACGGCUUGGGAUUCGUGUGCUGGAAGUCAGAGCAGGACAGUGACCAUUCCUCCGGGUGAAAAUCAAAUUAACCAGAUUGCACUAAAUCCAACGGGUACCUUCCUGUAUGCAGCAGCUGGAAAUGCAGUGAGAAUGUGGGACCUGAAAAGGUUUCAGUCUACGGGAAAAUUAACUGGACAUCUUGGGCCGGUCAUGUGUUUAACUGCAGAUCAGGUUGCCAGUGGCCAAGACUUAAUCAUCACAGGCUCAAAGGAUCAUUACAUUAAGAUGUUUGAUAUUUGUGAAGGAGCUCUUGGCGCUAUAAGCCCUACACAUUGUUUUGAGCCACCCCAUUAUGAUGGCAUUGAAGCAGUUGUCAUCAGUGGAGAGAACCUUUUCAGUGGGUCCAGGGACAAUGGAUUAAAAAAAUGGGACCUUACCCGAAAAGACCUUCUUUAUCAAGUUCCAAAUGCACACAAAGAUUGGGUGUGUGCUCUUGGAAUAGUGCCCAGUUGCCCUGUUCUUCUGAGUGGCUGUCGAGGAGGCAUCCUGAAGCUCUGGAAUGUAGAUACGUUGGUGCCCAUUGGAGAGGUCAAGGGUCAUGAUAGUCCCAUAAAUGCAAUCUGCACCAACACAACACAUAUAUUUACUGCAUCAGACGACCAAACUGUGAGGAUCUGGAAAGCUCAUGGUUCACUGGACGGGCAGGCAUCAGAUGCUGGGGACACAAGUGAAGAGGUUGCCAGCAAUUGAACUGGAAGCAUCAAGAUAAAGUCUUAAGGAGAAGCUGUGACAAACUGUUUACCGUUAGAUUUAUCUGGGCAUUUGUUAAAUUAUAACUGCAACAUUUAGUAUAUUGGAACUAACUGGAAAUUGUGAUCAACUGUACUGUUAUUGUAUUCUUAACAGCGGUAGGCUGCUUACCAAGUUUUGCACACAUAUUUACCAAUCCUGCUGUUCUAUAACCUAAUAUCAAUUCCAUUUUACUCACUGGCUGAAGAAAAAGACAAAACGGUUUGUUGUGUUUUAGUCAUGGGUGCAAAUGGUUUAAAGCUGUUUCCGUGUAGUUUCCAGUGGCACUGCUGUAUUAUGAGGUAAAGAUAAGCAAGCAGAUAUAACAUACAGGGUUUACUUGAAGUUCUUCUAUAGUAUCCACUAUCGCAUAUACAAAUUGUGUGCCUGUAGGUCUUAUGUAUCAAAACUGCCAAGGGAUAGACACUUGUUAUUGAUGAACUAAAACUUCCAUGAUGCUUUUUGGUCAAACAGAAAAUCAGCAUGUGAGUUUUUCCAGCAGUACCUGAUGUACCAAGUGUUCACUCCUUGUCAAUAAAGCUUUGGUGUUGAAUACCUUCCAUUAUACUUGACCAAAGUUCUGCUUUUCUGCACGUCCUUGUUCUCAGGAUUUUAUGUGCAGUAAAUGUUUAAAGAUUACACAUUUCUUCUUUCCUCAAACAGUUAACCGUUUAUGUGGCUGGAAGGUGAAGCUGUGUUGUAUGAUGAAUGCGUGUCUCCUACUGUUAAAACAGAAUUCUGCUUUAAAUUAUUUUUGUUCACUAGACUUUAUUUUUUGUUCUUAAAAUACUUAUAUUUUGUUCUUUCAGCUGCAUAAGUUUGCUUCCUUCUAAUUUAAAAUGCUGCUAAAUAUAUUUUGAAUACUUUUUUUUUCAUUUGAGAGUUUGAGUAUUUUCUGUGGUAGAAAAUGUAUAUAAUUUUGGAUGUAAAAAUAUCUUCAGCUCCUGCUUUGAUUUUAAAAUGACGUGUGAAUCUGAAAAAAAAUGCUUUCUUUUCUUAAUCUUAUUUUGUAAAUUUGAAGCCUGCAAAUUUAAUAUAGUUUUAAUAUUUGUGCAUAUUUUGUUUGUAGAUUGAGAUAACUUGUGACCUUCAUCUAAGCUAAUGCAUGAAUAAAUACAUGCACCAGAGCAUUUGUCGUUGUU